AGGAGUUCAAAACAAUCGAAUUUCGUCAUGUUGUCGCUCAAAAUUGUGUUGGCUUUGCUGCCGCUUUUGGCGCUGGCCAACGCCAAGGUCAACAGUCCCCCCUUGGGUCAUUACCUCGCCGGACACUACGACGAUGUUGAUGCCUCAUCAUCGGUGAGCAGUCUGUUGGAGAAAUUGCUGCUCAAGCUGAAGGAAGAACACUACGAGGAACCCUCAGCACGCAUCAUCGAUGGCUUCGAUGUCCAGGGUGUGGAUAACGCCGCCUAUCUCGUCUCGCUGAGUCUCACUCCCCUCGUCUACAGUCAUCAGUGUGCUGGCGCCAUUAUCGGCAAGCGUUGGGUGCUCACCACGGCGCAUUGUGUUGAGGAAUUGCGCAGCUUUAACAACGGCAUUAUUGGCUCGGCCAUCUAUGCGGGUCUCGCCAAUCGCUCCAAUGUGAGCGACGCUCAGGUGCGCUACGUGGACUUUGCCUCGUCGCAUCGCUCGUUCAAUGGCAACGCCGGCAGCGACAACAUUGCCCUGCUGCAUGUCACUGAGUCAUUCGUCUAUUCGGCACGUGUGCAGCAGAUUGCGCUGCCCGACCUCGAUGAGGAUUACAGUGGAAAGACAGCAAUUGCCUACGGCUGGGGACUGACCGAUGUCGAUGGCGAUGAAUACUCCAAGGAGCUGCAAUAUGCCUUUGCCCCGCUGCUGAACAGCACUCGCUGUGCCGAGCUCUUGCCCUCGGAUGCGCCACUCACCAAGAAUCAGGUGUGUGCCGAGAUCAAGGCUUGCUACGGCGAUGGUGGCACUCCGCUCGUCUACUGGCCCAUCUCGGGACCCGCUGAGCUGGUGGCUCUCGGCUCCUGGAGCUACAUGCCAUGCGGAUAUGCCAGCCGACCGACGGUUUACACUUCGGUGCCAACGUAUGUGGAUUGGAUCUAUCAAGUGAUCAGCGCGUAUUAUCAGCUGAAUUGAGCAAUAUCUAGAAUCUAAAUCGAGCGAUCUUUGCGUAAUACAACACUUGUCGGCAAUUAAAUAGCAAACAAUACCGUAUCUAA